AACCAGUUUAUGCUGUACAGUUCCUUGAUUUUAUCAAUUUUCUUUUCGUUGUAUAUUUCAUGCUCUUUGCUUUUUCAACACUCUCUAUUUCCUUUGAACCGACACGCAAAGGUAAAUUCAAGUCGUUUUCCGGUCAAAACAAACAUGGACGCGCGUAAUCGCUCGUUUUAAUCCCGUUCUUGAUUUCAAGAAAGUUAAAAACGGCACUGGUGUUUUCACUGCUCACAUUCAUGGAUUCAUGACACACCUGUGUAUUUGCGUUGACACGGCACAUGUAGCUGUUUCACCAGCAGAAAUUGUGAAUCAAGCACCAAAUCAGCAAAUAUCUACAGAUCAGGGAACAAUGUCAUUGGAAGUUUUGAACCUUUGCCAAUCAAGAAUGGUGUUUCUUCCAAAUCCUCUGGAAUAUAAGCUUCUUAACUUCAUUGGUAAGGGAUUUGAUGAACUUUCCAAAGUGUAUGUGGCCAGUCAUUGUCCUUCAAAAUCACUAGUUGUCGUGAAGCAGACUAAUGUUGAUGUUCAAAAUCCUGCACAGCUGGAAGAUUUAAAGAAUGAAGUGCAAGUGAUGCGGUCCCUCUGUCACCCAAAUAUUCUGCCCUUUUACUGUUCAUUUGUGACCAGGCAUGAGGUGUGGCAUGUCCUCCCUCUAAUGCAGUUAGGAUCAUGUUCUGAUAUUUUGAAGACAAGGUUUCAUGAUGGUAUGGGUGAAAUUAUUGUUGCUGCAAUUCUCUAUGAGGUCCUACAAGGUUUAGAGUAUCUUCACAAGAUGGGUAUCAUCCACAGGGCCAUCAAAGGAAGUCACAUUUUACUUGGUGCAGAUGGAACAGUGUGCUUGUCAGGUUUGAGGAAAUCUAUCAUGCUCCUCCAGGAAAGCAAAAGUUCUAGGAUUGCUCAUCAUUUUCCAGCACAUGCAGUUGCUGUUUUACCAUGGAUGGCACCAGAAAUUUUGCAACAGGAUCUUCAAGGUUAUGAUUACAAGUCUGAUAUUUACAGUGUUGGCAUAACUGCUAUACAGUUGGCCAGAGGAACUGUUCCAUACAUUGGAAUGCCACCCACCAAGGUAUUGUUGGAGAAACUGAAAGGUAGCACUCCAAAGCUGUGUGACUCACUGGUAAUGAAUGACGUGGACACCUCGGCACAGUUGACUUCAGCUACCGACUCGGGUUUCGGCAGCGACCUCCCUUCCGCCGGUGAAGGAAAAGAGUCAAAUCAAGUCACAUUCCAGGGCCUGUUCUCCCUUGCUUUUCAGCAGGUUGUUGACUCUUGUUUGCAAAGAGAUCCUUCGUUAAGACCAACAGCUCCCGGCUUGGCAUCCCAUGUGUUCUUCAAGCAGGUGAAGCGGAAAGCGAAGGAGCUUUUGCCUGAUCUCCUGUCUUCCGUUCCAUCGCUCGCAAACUGUGAGAGAGAUAAACGCAUUGACCAAGAAAAUGCCACUGCGGGUGCAAGUGAAGAUUUAGGAGCCAUCACAAUUGAUGAGUGGAAAUUUUAAACUGCCACCGUUUAGAAGGUAACCUGGGGGAUGACAGCUUUGGAGAUGUAGAAAAGAAUUGCUAAAUUUCGUAAAGAUCGACGUCCCUUUUGCGUCGUGUUUUCAAACUGGGUUGUGGAGGUUCAUUCACUAAGAGAUACAAGAGACUGAGUACCACACCGUUCACUCCUGGACGAGGAGAUACUGGGCCUGAAGUCAAAGCACGAGGUUCCCUAGGUAUGAAGCGCGGAUGACUUUCAUAAGGCGCGGAGAUAUUUCCGUUGUCGCGUGUUUGAAAGUUUUACCGUUCUGGAGAUUACAGACAAAACUGAGCCUUAAUUUGAUGAAUUGAAUCAACAGAAAGGAUGAAUCCUUUCCUUUUGCUUGCAGUAUCAGGCUGAAACUUUAAGUGCUUACAUAGUACAAAGAUUUUCAAGUUUGAAAUAAAACACUGUUU